AUGUCACCAUAUAGACUAGUCUAUGGUAAAGCAUGUCACUUGCUUGAAGAGGUAGAACACAAAGCUUACUGGGCCAUUAAACAGUUUAAUUUUCAUGCUGACCAAUCUGGUUCAUCUAGGAAGCUGCAGAUUGCUAAGUUGGAAGAACUUCGAAGGGAUGCUUAUGAUAAUGCCAAAUUGUCUAAAGAGCGUAUGAAGCACUUUCACGACAGACAUAUCCAAAGAAAAUCUUUCUACCCAGACCAGCAAGUGUUGCUAUACAACUCCAGAUUACACCUCUUCCCUGGAAAGCUGAAAUCUCGAUGGAGUGGCCCUUAUAGGGUAAAAGCUGUGACUUCCCAUGGAGCGGUGGAACUUCUAAACUCUCACAAUGGUAAAACUCAAAGAAAAAGUUGGAGAAGAGGGGAGGGAGAGGUGUCUGGAUGUCUCCUGAUUUCCUCUUAA